CUAGUAGGGGACCCACGUACGGAGUGUAGCUGAAAGAACGAAAGUGUUUUGCAAACCCGGAUUGACAUUUACUAGCGGCAAGAAUCUAAUCCUAGAGUACUACUUAUUUUCUAGCACAAAACUAGUAGGGACAACCUGCUCAACUCGUCAAGAAAAGUAAUAAAAAGUAUAUACAACGUGGAAGUAGGACUACAAGAGCAAGUUGUCAGUAGCUAACUGAGAAGAAUAACAAGAAAAAACUAAAUUUCACCAGAGGGCUUUUUAAGUUUCAAGUAGUACUGAUAUAUCAAAACCAAAAUGGGUCGCCUAAUCGAGGAUCUGAUCCGUAAGCGGGCGGAACACAACGACGGCAUUUUGCCUGAUUUGGAGGAGAUCAGCUUGCACCAGGAGGAGAUCGAGAAGAUCGAAUGUCUGGAGCAAUGCUGUCGUCAUCUGAAGAUUUUGCUGUUGCAGCACAACUGCAUCGCAAAACUCGAGAACUUGUCGAAACUGAAGGAGCUCGAAUACCUGAACGUUUCUCUUAACAACAUCAGCAAAAUUGAGAAUCUGGACGGCUGCGAAAGCUUGAAGAAACUAGACAUGACGCUCAAUUUCGUCGAUAUGGACGUGCUGAAGGAAAGUCUAGAAUCACUGCAGGGCUUGGAGUUUUUGGAGGACUUGUACCUUUUGGGCAACCCGUGCGCCGACUUCGUCGGGUAUCGACAGUACGUCACCGCAAAACUCCCGCAGCUACAGCAAUUGGACGGCCAUCUGAUCAAUCCGCAGGAUCGCAUCACAGCGCUGCAAGAGCUGCCGGUGUGGGAGAAAGCGCUUGCGGAGAAAGCACGCGAUGUUAUCAUAGACAAAGCGCAUAAAGCAGCAACUGGCUACGUCCCUCCAGAAACGGCGCACGCACCGGAAACGAGGCUCUCCAUGGCUAGGGAAAUGGGGAAGCAGAAAGCGGAAAAAGAAAUGCAUGAGCGUAGGCGUAUGGGAACCGAGCCAAAGGAAGCGCGCGAAAUACCCGGAGCGUACACAGCCAGGGGAGAUAUACGGCAGUGCAAUGAAGGUUCUUCAAUUUGGUUUCUCCUAUUGAUGUUUUUCGCAUUCGAUGCUAUCGACGUGCAAUUCUUGCAUCAAAAAGUUUGUGCGGGUCUCAUCAUGAUUACUGAGUGUCCUUGUAUCCCGCUUCUUGUUGAACCUUGACGGUAUCUGUUUACGUAGAAGAACUCGAGUAGCAUCCAUUUUUGCAUGAGACGUGCAGAUUCAGCAUAGAUAGUCAACAGUAUGGACUAGUACUAGAUGCUUGUCAACAAAAGCCAUACUCCCAAAACUUAAUUCUAAAAAACGCAAACCAGGCAAAUACGUCUUUCGAAUGGAAGAAAUUGGAAACGAAGUAGUUUUUGAGCUGGAAACACCAAAGCAUCUCGAGACUGGGCUCAUUGACGUGGACGUGAAUCCAUGGUAAUAGCUACAAGCUUCGCUCUGAUUAGCAUUAGAACUUUCUAGACCUAGACCCACAAAUGGAAAUUAUAUUAAGAGAAGUAGCGCGCGCGCGGUACUAGUACUACUAGAAGAAGCAAAUGCAUUUUUCCGAUGAAAAAUUUUUCUCAAGUUCAACGUGCAAUUUCGGCCAUAAUGUAAACAUCUGGGACCGAAAUGACAGGUACGUACGCGUUAUCUGUAGGGAGAAGUUGACGCAAUUGAAGUUGCCGGAGGAAGUGAACGUCUGCGAGACCAGCGUCCAGCGCAGCAAAACUAGCGGUUUUUUGAAGAUUCGAAUGCUGAAAGCAGCUGGAGCCACAGUGGGAGCAAAUCGAUUGGAGCCCGCAGAACACGAUAAGCGCACUUUCGAGCCAACCUCGUCCUCGUCCAAGCCUGGAGAGGGCAGUCUUGUCGCUCUCCAACCUGAAAACGAAGACGUCGAAGAAGAUUUAUGGUUUCCUACUUGUAGUCCUAGUCGUAGUGGUGGUUCUACAGUAGAGGCACAAGACUAAGUAGUUCUUGUUUUAUUGAUGAAAUCUUCGGUAAUACCGUAUCUAGCUUUUUCUAACAAGUGAGCCAAGAAUCGACGCGAGUUCGCACGGAGGAGGAAAGAACAAUGGAUCAGAGAAGGGUCCGACACGCGACAGAACUUCCCUGGUGGAUACCGGCGCGGGCAAUGCUGGAGGGUCUACUAAGAAGAAAAAGAAGUAUCCUUCAAAUCUGAGUCUCUUUGAUCUUCAUCGAGACCCAAUACAACGCUCUGGCGACCGUUCCCCAGGUCUCUCAACUCCUGCCGAAGAUGGCGGUGGUAAGAAGCAAGGCUUGGUGCAGGAAGUUGGCUAGGAUUUCUCUUUUGUGUAAGGCUACCUGCUCUCGUGAUUCGUGUCGUUUUCGCUAGCUUGCUUCGCUACCUCGGUUCUUCGUCAUCAUCGCGCACUCGCACACAUAAGCCAGAAUAAAAAACCAUAUAAUUUACCUUUGAUCUUGAAUAACCUUGGAGUGAAUGUGAAACGAUCAUAUUUUGAUCGAUCAAUGUAUUUUCGUAUUCAUCUUGUUGAAUGAACGCGAGAGCAGCGAUUCGAGCAUCCGUGUCCAGCUAUGGAUAAUAGUCCUGCUCUUGUGGGUGCCAGG